GUUAAAACAUAGUGAAAUGUGAUCAUAUGACACUUUUUUUUUAAUGGUGUAGAAGAAACAGUAGAUUCCUUAGGACACGAGUCUCAGAGACAAAAGAAAAAAGUAAAGGCCUGCGAUAUGAAAGCUACAUGCAUCACAAUCUUGUUUUGGCCCCUCUUCAUGCUAUUAUUAUCAGAGGAAAGGCAGUCUUCUAAAACAGAAGUCAAAUAUAAUUUCACUGAAAAGAAUUAUUCUUUGAUUCCAGCGGAUAUCAAUAAAAAUGUAACUAUACUUGAUCUCAGUUAUAACCAAAUUACUUUGAAUAUUAUAGACACAGGGGUUCUACAGACAUAUAUUUUACUCACUGAACUCUAUUUGACUGAGAACAAUGUCACUAUGUUAUAUAAUAAUAGCUUUGGUAACCUCUCCAAUCUAGAAAUUUUAAAUAUCUGUAGAAAUUCCAUCCACAUAAUCCAACAGGGUGCAUUCAUGGGCUUAAAUAAACUAAAACAGUUACAUCUCUGUCAAAACAAAAUAUCUCAACUGAGUCCUGACAUAUUUGUGCCUCUAAAAAACCUGAUACUUCUGAAUUUGCAAGGCAAUUUCAUAAGCUAUUUUGAUGUACCACAAUUGUUUCAUCUGGAAUUAAUAAUUUUAUAUGGAAAUCCAUGGAACUGCUCUUGUAGUCUACUGAAUUUACAAAACUGGUUGAACACGUCAAAUGUGACACUAGAAAAUGAAAACGUCACCACGUGCAUCCACCCAGGUAUCCUGAAUCACUACAGUAUCAAAACAGUACCUUAUAAUGCUGAAUGCUACUCAAAAUUUCCUCCACCUAUAAAUGAAGAUCUUUAUAACCACUUUCACUUCAUUAGCAACUCAACAUUCAAUAGCUCUUUGAACAACUUAAAAAACUCAGAACGUAAACUUCUUGGAAAAAGUUGGGCUCUUCUUGUUGGUGUGGUAGUUACUGUACUGAUGACUUCACUCCUCAUUUUUGUUGCUAUCAAAUGCCCAAUAUGGUACAAUUUUCUGCUUAGUUAUCAUCAUCAUCGCCUAGAAGAGCAUGAAGCAGAAACCUAUGAAGAUGGUUUUACUGGAAAUUCAAGUUCUCUUUCACAGGUUCCAGAUACAAACUCUGAGGAUACUACAGUAAUAUUUGAACAACUACAUUCAUUUGUGGUAGAUGAUGAUGGGUUUAUUGAAGACAAAUACAUAGAUACUCAUGAAUUACAUGAAGAAAAUUAAUUCUGUUCAAUGUUUGAUUUUUUAAAAAUGUUAUAAGUUCACUCACAGUUUAGACAUAAAUGGAGAUUAAGCAUGUGACAUACCAAACUGUGGCUAGUAGAUUUAGAUUUUUUUUUUGCUAGUAGACUUUUAUAUUAAUUGCAACACACGAGUAUCAUAAAAUGAUGUUUUUAUCAUUGGUAUUGAGUAAGUCGGUCCAAAUACAGUAACAGUGAUAAUACUAGCAUUACUAUUUUCAGCAGUAUUCAGACCAUACAUCCUAAUAAGGAAAAGACCUAAACUAUUCAUUAAUUAAAAUGAACUGAUUCUAAUAUUAGCCCAGAUAUUUUAUGUAAUACAUAUUAAAUUAUAUUAAAAGUUU